AGUACUCUGUAAUGGAUGGUAAUUCACCGCAAGACAUCCAAAAGGAACAAUCAAAGGUAGAAGAGCAACAAGCACCAGCACUGCCACCAAAGGAAGACCAACCCAAGUCAGAUUCAGGGAAAAUCAGAGGGAUAGCAGAAACAUCAAUUCAAUUGCCGCAACGAACGCUACUAAAUAAGGAUGAAUUGGAGCAACCAGAGAAAGAAACAAGCCGAAAAGCUUCAGAAUCUGCAAAGGAUAAGCCGUCAAGUCCAGAAGAGAAAAGAAGUCACCCUGGACCACUGAAGGAGAAGCAAGACGACGGAGGCAUUCCGGAAGUAAAUACUGCAUCGAUAAAAGGAGCGUCACUGCCACCUCCUGAAAAUCUUGCUUCAGCUAGUGCUACAUUAUUUGAUAAGAUUGUGAAAGAAAGUGCGGAGAAAAUUGGAGACACUUUGAUAGACGAAGCUGCUGAAAAAGUCAUGGCUGAACUUGAAGGCGAGCCUUGGUAUCACGGCGCUCUUCCCAUUGAAGACAUAGCAGCAAUGGCAACAUCAGAAGGAGACUUUCUUAUCCGCGAGCUUGAGCCGGAAGAAGGCAGAGGUCCAAUGCCUUGCUUAACAGUGCGACUAGGGACAUUAUUGAAAGACUAUCCCAUUCAUACAGUCCAGGUUGGAAAAUCAAGAGUAUUUACCAUUGACGGAGUUAACAAAGCAGGCAGUGUUGUGAGCAUUGUUCAAAAGCAUUUCCAAGAAAAAAUAAAGCUGCAAGAUGAGGCAAUUUUAUUGAAACCUAUAUCAAAGCAACCAUGGGAACUAUCAAAAUACAAGAUUAAUCUUAUCAACCGAUUAGGAGAAGGAGCGUUUGGAGAAGUAUGGAGAGGGACGUUCCGUCAGUCUCCUUCGAAAACAGUCGACGCUGCUAUAAAAGUUAUGAAAAUAAAAGAAGACAACAGAAAGGUUAUGCAGGAAAUGUUCAAGGAAGCUCGUUUGAUGCGACAGUACCAACAUCUCAACGUCGUUGCAUUUUAUGGGAUGGUAAUGGAGAACGAUAAUGUUAUGAUAGUGAUGGAGAUGGUAAAUGGUGGUGGACUCGACCACCACCUAAAGACGGUGGAUGUAGGAAUACCGGACAAGUGUUCGUACGCCUUCGACGUUGCCUUGGGUCUAUAUUAUCUGCACAGCAAACGCUGCAUGCACAGAGAUCUGGCGUGCAGAAACUGUCUGAUCGACACGCAAAAAAAUAUAGUAAAAAUAUCGGACUUUGGGCUUUCCAAGCAGGCAGACUCGUACAAAAUAAAGGCUAACGAAAAAAUUCCGACGAAGUGGCAAGCACCAGAGGUCGUCGCUACUCAUGUAUAUACCCGUGAAUGUGAUGUAUACUCGUAUGGUAUACUUGUUUGGGAGAUCUUCAAUAAUGCCAAAAUGCCAUUCGAAGAGUAUGAUAAUAAGACAGUGCGAGCUCGCCUAUCUGAUCCAAACUUCCGCCCUCCUCUUUCAAACGAUCUCCCCGAUGAAAUUCGCAUAGUAGUCAAAGCAUGUUGGGCAGCGCAGCCUAUUAACAGGCCUGUAAUGAAAGACGUUGCUUGCAUCCUUAAACGCUUUGAGAAGCACAAUGUGCCUUCAAAAGCUAUAAGAAAACCUGCUCUACCAACACCCGCAGCACCUCCACCAGCACCCGCAAUACCUCCACCAAUACCCGCAGUACCUCCACCUGCGGUACGACCUUUACCUCGAACCCAGUUCAUUCGUAAGGCUGCUACUGCAAACCCGAAUCUGGCAAGACCAAUCGCACCAGUAGUCUCAAGGGGAAUAAUCAGAAGACCCAGCACAAUGCCUCUUCCAGCUCCAAAAGCUCCACAUCAAAAGACUCCGCUACCACUUAGAAAGGUAAAUCCGUUAGCAAAACCACUUCCUAGUGUCAAGAAGAAGCCACCAGGCUUCGUACAACGGAGAAGGAGAUAGCAGUUUGAUGCCUUGAAUGCACGUUCCUACAAGACAAAAAUGUCGUGUUUACAUAAGUAGAAAAAGUUUGUACAAUUCUUCAAUUCUGCUUAAUUAC